CAAUCCCCCUCCCCUCUCUUCUCUUCCCUCCGGUUCCAGCAGCCUUAUCUUCUUGGCUGAGUGUUGGAGACAAGGUAGCUAGCUAGCUAGAGGUGGAGCGCGCGGCGAUGAAGAUCCAGUGCGACGCGUGCGAGGGAGCGGCGGCAACGGUGGUGUGCUGCGCCGACGAGGCGGCGCUGUGCGCGCGCUGCGACGUCGAGAUCCACUGCGCCAACAAGCUCGCCAGCAAGCACCAGAGGCUCCCGCUCGAGGCGCUCUCCGCAAGGCUCCCACGCUGCGACGUCUGCCAGGAGAAGGCGGCGUUCAUCUUCUGCGUGGAGGACCGGGCGCUCUUCUGCCGGGACUGCGACGAGCCCAUCCACGUCCCCGGUACGCUUUCCGGCAACCACCAGCGCUACCUCGCCACCGGCAUCCGCGUCGGCCUCGGCUCCGUCUCCACCUGCAACGGCGCCGACAGAGGCGGCACCCACGACGCUGACCACCACGCCCCGCCCAAGGCCGCCGUCGAGCAGACGCCUUCCCAAACCACCGCUUCCGCCGCGGCGCAGCAGGUUCCCUCGCCGCCGCAGUUUCUGCCGCAGGACUGGGCUGUCGACGAGCUCCUGCAGUUCUCCGACUACGAGUCCGGCGACAAGCUGCAGAAGGAGUCGCCGCUUGGGUUCGGGGAGCUGGAGUGGUUCGCCGACAUCGAGCUCUUCAAGGACCAGGCGCCCAAGGCCGGUACGACGGCCGCAGAGGUCCCGGAGAUGUUCGGCUCUCACGCUGCCAGCGAUGCGGCGUACUACAGGCCGAGCAAAGCCGCCGCCGGCGUGCGCCAGAGCAAGAAGCCCCGGGUCGAGAUCCCCGACGACGAGGAAGAUUACCUUAUCGUCCCUGAUCUUGGUUAAGAGAAAGAGAGUUUGUGCCGCCGUUGCUGUAUACAUAACAAGAGAGGAGCAUCAUGGCGUGUCAUGUGUACAAGCUAUAGACGUGUCACGUGUCGUGCACCUUUGCUUAGAAUUGCUCAAUUAUGAACAUAAUAAUUCU